CGCACGCGUGCCUACGUUAUGAUGAGGUACAUAACAUCCCUGAUUCCCUCUGAUUCCCCAGUGACCAGCGUCGGUCAUCUCGUUUAUGCGCAUUACAAUGGUGCCUCCUGCACAAGUCAAGUUCCAAGAUGCCGAGCUCGACACCACUGAGAAGGUUCAGGUGUUGGAGACCAUGUCAACUCGAACCACGCCGUCAUUGUUUGAAGAUGCCGAGGUCGACACCGCUGAGCAGGUUCAGGUGUCGAAGACCACUGCCACUGGUCGAACGAUGCAGUCGUCCAUAUCUUGGCUCUUCCCGUUCGGGAAGAAUGAUAGUCUUCCUCCCCCAAAGAAAUACAUCCACGACGCGGAUCUAACUCCUGAAGCCACAGCAGGCUUCGUCAGUCUUCUAUGGUUCGGCUGGAUGACGCCUCUGCUUUCCCUUGGCUAUGCUCGUCCACUUGAGUCGUCAGAUCUUUACAAGCUCCAGGAAGAACGAGGUGCUUCGCAGAUUGCCAAUGCAAUUUUAAAAUCGUACGAGACUCGGCGGGAGAAGGCUGCCGAAUACAACGAGCGCUUGACUAAGGGUGAAAUCAGCCCGGGGUUGAGGGGUUUGUGGUGGUCCGUACGGGGUGUUCGCGCAGAACGCGAGAAGCAAUGGAGGGAAAAGGAUGGAAGGCGCAAAGCAAGUCUCAUCUUGGCGAUGAAUGACAGUGUCUGUUGGUGGUUUUGGUCUGCUGGUAUUUUGAAGAUUAUCGGCGACACAGCACAAGUCACUAGUCCCCUUCUGGUCAAGGCCAUUAUCACUUUUGCCACAGAAUCAUACACAAAUCAUCAAACUGGUCAACCGACACCUCCAAUUGGCCAGGGAAUUGGGCUUGCAUUUGGCUUACUAACUUUGCAACUCAUCGCGUCAUGGUCCAACAAUCAUUUCUCCUACCGUAGCAUGGGCACUGGUGUCCUUCUUCGUGGAGGUCUUAUCACGGCAAUAUACUCGAAAUCACUUCGUCUAACCGCACGAGCUCGCGUCACUUUAAGCAAUGGCGAAUUGGUCAACCACAUAUCCACUGAUGUCUCGCGGAUAGAUUUUUGUAUGGGAUACUUCCAUAUGUCAUGGGCCGCUCCGAUUCAACUCACUGUUUGCCUGAUCUUGCUUUUGAUCAAUCUCGGCCCGAGUGCACUCGCUGGUUUUGCGCUUUUCGUCGUGGCGACGCCCAUACAGAUCUAUGGGAUAGGUCGUCUAUUCUCCCUCCGAAUGAAAAGCAUGGUUUGGACAGACAAGCGUUCCAAGAUCUUGCAAGAGGUCCUCAGUGGCAUGCGUGUCAUCAAGUUCUUCUCCUGGGAAGUUCCAUUCUUGAAGCGCAUUUCUGAAUAUCGACAGAAUGAAAUGGCAUAUAUCCGCACCCUGCUGAUCUUGAGAGCUGCGAUGAACGCUUUGUUUUUUUCUCUCCCAGCUCUCGCUUCUGUCCUUGCCUUCAUCACAUAUGCGUUGGCUGGUUACAAUCUUACAGCGGCGAAUAUAUUCACGUCGCUGACUCUGUUCCAGUUGGUCCGCUUGCCCUUGAUAUUCUUACCCAUGUCCCUGAGCAGCAUUGCUGAUGCGGCCACAGCAUGUGACAGACUGGUGAAUGUUUUCGACGCAGAAACGCUUGACGAAGCAUUCGUCACACAUAACGAUAUGAAUGCCGCCGUCAAAGUUGAAGAUGCCAGCUUCACCUGGGAUAGUCCCCCCCCUCCACCUGAGGAUCCCAAGAAGAAGGGGAAAGGCGGCAACAUACGCAAGGGCCCUCCAACGCCUCUACCAGCUCCUGGAGAUGAUGCAAAUAUUUUCAAAGUUACGGACAUUGACUUGGAAAUACCUCGGGGCCAACUCGUUGCCAUCGUGGGAGCCAUCGGGAUGGGGAAAACCUCCCUACUUCAGGGGCUUAUUGGCGAAAUGCGGCGGUCUUCUGGUAAGGUUAAAUUUGGUGGCUCCGUGGGCUAUUGCGCCCAAGUUGCUUGGAUCCAGAACACAACCAUUCGUGACAACAUCUGUUUCGGGCGUCCAUUUGACGAGCAGCGAUACUGGAAGGCUGUCCGAGACGCGUGUCUAGAAACUGACUUGGAGAUGUUACCCAAUCACGACCUUACAGAAGUUGGCGAGAAGGGCAUCUCACUCUCUGGCGGCCAAAAGCAGCGUAUCAACAUAUGCCGCGCGAUCUACUGCAAUACUGACAUUCAAAUAUUUGAUGACCCACUAUCUGCUCUAGAUGCACACGUCGGGAAGGCAGUAUUCGAGAAUGUGUUGAAGAGAAGCACAGGAAAAACUCGCAUUCUUGUUACCCAUGCCCUCCAUUUUCUUCCCGAGGUCGACUAUAUAUAUACCCUUGUGGAUGGGCGCAUUGCCGAACGCGGCACACAUGCCGAACUCAUGGCUAACGAUGGCGCAUUCUCCCAUUUCGUCGCGGAAUUCGGGUCAAGGGAGGAUGCUACGAAGAAAGAAGACAAGCCAGUUGAUGGUGCAGGCAUUGAUGAGAAGAAAAACGAGAUAGGGAUGACUGGGAAAGCGAUGAUGCAGGAGGAAGAGCGCAACACUGGUGUCAUAAAGUGGCGAGUAUAUCGAGAGUAUCUCACAGCAGCUCACGGCACUGUUAUGGUACCUCUGCUACUGCUCUCUUUGGUCCUCAUGGAAGUCUCCAAUGUCAUGUCUUCGUAUUGGCUGGUUUACUGGCAAGAGUACAAAUGGCACCAAUCGUCAGGAUUUUACACUGGCAUCUAUGCUACUCUCGGUGUCUCCCAAGCGUUGACCAUGUUCAUAAUGGGAGCUAUAUUCGCACUACUCACUUACUAUGCCUCUCAACAGUUGCAUAGGAUAUCACUGCGGCGAGUUCUGUAUGCUCCAAUGAGCUUCUUCGAGACUACGCCUUUAGGUCGCAUUAUGAAUCGCUUUGCCAAAGAUAUCGACACCGUCGAUAAUCUUUUUGGCGAUUCUCUCAGGAUGCUAAUAUCAACGGCAUCACAAAUCAUCGGCGCAAUCAUUCUCAUAUCCAUAAUCAUACCAUAUUUCCUCAUCGCAGCCUUCUUUAUCUUGAUCUGCUAUUGCUAUGCUACAAUGUUCUACCGUGCGAGUGCACGUGAGCUGAAGCGGUUGGAUGCACUCCUGCGAUCCUCGCUUUAUUCUCACUUUUCCGAGUCAUUAUCGGGUUUGACUACCAUUCGCGCUUACGGCGAACUCGACCGAUUCCGCGCAGAAAAUAUCGAGCUCGUUGAUGUCGAGAAUCGUGCUUACUGGUUGACGGUUGUGAAUCAGCGAUGGCUCUGCAUGCGUCUUGAAUUCUUAGGCGCGUUGCUGACUCUCACCGUCGCGCUUUUGACUGUUGGAACACGAUUCAGCAUCUCUCCGGGACAAACUGGCGUCGCGCUCUCGUAUAUCGUCAUGGUGCAACAGUCUUUCACAUAUAUGGUCCGCCAACUUUCUGAAGUCGAAAACUGCAUGAACUCCGUGGAGCGUGUCAUGCACUAUGCGAAAGAGGUCGAACAGGAGGCCGCGCAUGUGGUCGAAAACAGUCCUGCACCGGCUGACUGGCCUUCGCAGGGCGAGAUCGUCAUGAAGGAUGUGGUCUUGAGAUAUCGCCCAGAGUUACCGCCUGUCCUGAAGGGACUGAGUAUGUCUCUCUCCCCUGGAGAGAAGAUUGGUGUCGUUGGGCGGACUGGUGCCGGGAAAUCGUCCAUCAUGACUGCUAUCUAUCGUAUGGUGGAACUGGCAUCCGGGUCGAUAUCCAUCGAUGGCGUGAACAUUUCGACCGUGGGUUUAGCGCAGCUCAGAAAAGGGCUGUCAAUUAUUCCUCAAGAUGCUUUCCUUUUCUCCGGUACUCUUCGGACUAACCUCGAUCCUUUUGAGCUACACGAUGAUGCCAAGCUUUGUGAUGCAAUGAAGCGGGCGCAUCUUGUGGAGUCAAACAGGGAUCUCCCCUUCACCUCUGCAUUACCUCCUAAUGAAGGACAGCCGGGACCUCGAUUUACUCUUGAAAGUCCUAUCGACGACGAAGGCAGCAAUUUGUCGAUCGGGCAACGUUCUCUUGUCUCUCUCGCCAGAGCUCUCGUGAAUGACACCAAGAUCUUAAUUCUUGACGAGGCUACGGCUUCCGUCGACUAUGAGACCGACCGCAAGAUCCAGGAUACGAUCGCCUAUGAAUUUAAAGAGCGCACGAUCCUGUGCAUUGCACAUCGUCUCCAGACCAUCAUCGGAUAUGACAGGAUAUGCGUAAUGGAUGCUGGUACGAUUGCUGAAUUCGAUACCCCUGCUAAUCUCUUCGCCAUGCCGGAUGGUAUAUUCCGCGGAAUGUGCGAACGAUCCUCUAUUACUCUCGACGAUAUUAUUUCUGCAUUUAAACACACGGCGUAA